AUGAAAGCCUUGAUUGAAUAUGAGAUCAAUAGGCAAGAUAUUGACACACACAGCAGUAUAGGUUUAUCUAGUAGGAUUUUCAGUGACUGUGGGAUGGAAUUUGAGAGUGUAAGUAAGCUGGCAUUGCGAUGCGCUGAUCGACAAAUCGCAGCAGCCGACUUUUUGAAUCUGUACAAAGAGUUUUACAACGAGAAAGUUACAAACAGACUUGAACAUGCAGACACGCCGAACGAUGACUCUGAGUUGUCUAAUAUAUGUAGCACAUUGGCUUCAGAUUUUGUUGAGCUUUUGACCACUCAUGACCUACUCAUAUUGGCUGAUUAUGCAGUUGAAGUGCUGUUUGUUAACUACAACUCCAAUUUGGUGCGCUGCUUUUUGCCGCACAUGUAUUCAAUUGAGAACAUUUCCAUGUUACAGCACUUUCUCUCUCAUUCCUGCUCAUUUUUUGCAAAUUUAACUGAUGCGAUUGUGAUAGACCAAGUAUGUGCCGAUUUAUCAGAUUCCAUAUUGCCUAAUAUACUGAGUACCAAUGCCACUGGUGGUAAUAACCUUAUAAUUGCAAGAAGUAAACUUUUGCACGACAUUCUAGCAUGCAUUCCAUCCAAUGUAACAAUCUCAUCGGAUAGUGUCAGAGAUAAUUUGCAUGAACUGACAUCUCAGUUGUCAAAAAUUAAUAAGCUUUUAUUCAAAAAGCUGAAUUAUAUUAUAGAAUCCAAACUAGUCUUCAAGGACGCUCAAGUCUCUUUGAAAAGAGAUUCUACACAUGAAGCAAUCAGCUCGCCAUCGAUAACCUCACCCCAGUUUAUUGCGAGUCCCUUUUCGAUGGCAAAAAAUACAAUGACCAAGGGUAACAAUAAUUUGAAAUAUCAGGAUAUGAAACUGCUUCGAUAUUUUAAGAAUAUUUGGUUGAAUAACAAAAUUUUCAAUUGGGAAACGGGCCACCCCGAAUAUCUUCAGAAAUAUGCAUCAAUUGCAUCCUCUGUAUUUCAAGAGUCACAUAUUAAAUUACAACCCUUCGAUCUGGCUAUUGCUGACUUAAUAGAAACAUCAUUUACUUGUUUUGCACAAUUUGUGAGUAAUAAGCAAUACCAUCAGUCAAAUUCAUAUUUCAGCUUACUUGAAAGACAGUGGAUCAUAUUUAUAACAAAGCAAAUACCGCUAUUAGUACUGCAACAUGUCCCGGAGAGCCCACAAAUCGUUACAACCGCUUUGGAUAAUAUUGACGGUAAAGUCAUGAAGUCCAUUAGGACUUAUUACUCAGAGAAAGAUGACUUCAAGAAUAGAAACGAAGAUUUAUUUGAUAAUUAUCCAUCGACAAGCCUCGAUAUAAGGCAUGAUUUCAUUAAAAAUUUGAUCCGACUUAAUUUGCAAUCACCAAAUGUAAUAAUGAAAUAUCUUAGAGAAGAUCAAAUGAUAGAUGUCAAAGCAUUACUGGUCACUGAUGACUUGGUACUUAAGAAUUCACAAGGAGUCCAAGAGGUUGUGAAGGAUAUCGACAGCUUUAUUUCUACAUCUUUAGAUUCUCUAGAAGUGGAACUUAUUGGGAACUCCGCUAGUGAGAAUUGCGAUGGAGUGCAGCAAAUUCUAAAUGAUUUUGAGAACAUAUCGCCAACAAAGCAAAAGGAGCUUUCACAUUGUCUUAUAAGCAUGUUGGAUGAUGCAACAAAGAAUCUCGACUUCAAUCGUGUAACAAAAAUAUGUGCUCUUCUUUCGUUUAACUUUUCUCAUUCCUUGACAUCUAUGCUGGCUUUUGUCACACCUUCGAAAGUAUGUGAGAUCUUAAUGCGAUUCGUCGAUAAAACAUGGCAAACGUCUGUCGAUGUGAAGAGAAAAGAAUUCGGUGAUUCUGAAUUUGAAACAAUGAAUAUUUUUUUAUCAUUUAGCUGGUCCUUACUUCUGCUUAUUGUGAUUGCGCAAACUUACGACUUUUCACUAAUAAAUGUAGCUGUGAAAUCUCCUCACUUGCGGACACAGGAUUCAUUCACAUUGCUAUUUAUCUCAAAGCUCACUGAGAUACCCGAUGUGUUUUCGUUAGACCUAGAAAAGCCCAAUGAUAAGGAGAUACAAAUGGCAUCCAAUCUAAUGGUGGAAAAUUGGUUGAAAGAUCUGUUCAUAAAUGGAUCUAUUUCGGACUCAUUACUGCAAAGCAUCAACGCUAAGCAAUUAUCUUUGCUAGUGCCAUUCAUCUUUAAACAAAUAUUGUUAGGCUUUGAAGUUGGCUCGAUUAAUAAGGUUUCCGAUGUGGUCGGUGGUUUAGAAUACUUUUUGCAGCCUUUCAUGUUAAUCGGACUCAUAAAAGUAGUUUAUUGGCUGGAGCAGUAUUUGUGUUCACUUAAAAGUGAUACCAUUUCUGAUGGGCUAAUCGAGAACAUCUUCAUGCUGUUGAAUGUUAUUUUCAAUCCAAGUUCCCUGAACGAGGAUUCCGCAUCUUUUCAUAGUGCCGUUUUAAGGCUAAAUGCAACGAAAUUAUUAAAAGUACUGAGAAGAUUUCGUGUACAGUCGCAGUCAAAUUAUGGGAUAUAUUCAUCGGAAGCUACAGGUAAUCCCGAUUUGGAGCUGUUAAUCAAAAAAUUCUUGACCGUUUUACAAAUUUCUCCGAACUACAACAUUGACCCCCGAAUUUUGAAUACAGAAAAUGAUUAUCCCCAGAAACAUUUGGGAUACUCUAGUUUUUUAAUACUCAAUGAGACUCCAAUCAACAAGAUUAUGACCAAUCAAAUAAACUCAUUUUGGAAUCUUCAUAGCAGUACCUAUUAUAAUCUGGACUAUUUGAACUAUAUCAUCGAUUUGGUCACACCUCGUUAUUUUCUAGUUGAUGUUUUCCGCACGUUAGAAUACAAACUUGCCACCUAUGGUGUCCCAGGAACAAGAAAUAAGAUUAUUUCGGUAGAAUCGGAGAGCGUAUUAAACUAUUUUUUUUACUUUCUGGUUUUGAAUGAUAUCAAAUCCCCUGCAGAUGCACUCGAACUGUUAUCACUGAUGGAUAGCAAUUCAGCAAACAGUAUUGUUGAUGGAGCGUAUUUGAAACUGGAGGGUUCUCCAAAGCAGGAGACUGCGCCAGAUGAUGACUUUGACAUGCUGUUUGGAGAAAACGACACCAGCAUACAGGGCGCUGAGGAUUUACCAGUAUCUCAACCCAAUAACGAAAUACAAGCAAAUCAAGAUACCAUUGUACCUAUCCGUAGGUCAUUUGGUUUGAUUAUUCAUGAAAUGAAAAAGAAUUAUGAAUUGGCUGUAUCCUCGGGCGACGUAAGCAAAGAGAAUUACGAUAAAAUUUGCAAAUAUCAUGAAAAAUAUUUACAAGUAUUAAAAAGUUGCAAUUUUUAA